GACGUGGCCGUACUCGAGUUGGACGACGCUGACACGCUGAACGCCAUGUCCGCGUCGCUGCUUGCGGGUCUGGCGCGACGCGUGCGCGAGGCGUCGGCGUCGACAGCCCGGGCGGUCGUCCUCCAGGCCAGCGGGCCCCACUUUUGCACGGGCGGUCGCUACGCGGGCAAGCCGGGAGCGGCUCCUUGGUGGCUCAAGGCACGAGGUGUCUAUGGGCCGUCUGUCGUCUUGGACGCAUACCGCAGGCUUCCCCUGGCGUCGACGACGGUCUGCCACGGGACCUCCGUGGGUGGUGGAUUCCUGUUGGGCAUCGCCGCGGACCUUCGCGUCUCGACGGUCUCGGCCCGAUUCCGGCUCGGUGUCUCCCCGCACGGUCUCACGCCGGUCCUAUCCGCCACAGUGAUUCUCCCCGAGAUGAUUGGCGGGAGCCUCGCGGUCCGUCUGUACGUCGAAGACGCGCUCCUCGACGCCGAAGCCGCCCGCGGAUCCGGGAUCGUGCAUCGCGUU